AUGGAUGGAAAGACCGUAACUCACUUUGCGCUUUGGGUAUGGUACACAAGCGUGAUUAAUAUCAAUGCUAAAUUGUCAAUUGGAGGAAGGCGGGUGGUUUGGCCAGAUAUGGGGAAGCAGGUAAGCAAUCGGCUGGGCUUUUGAUGGAUGAGGUUGUCAGGUGCGUUGAAGGACUUGUUUUAAAUAGGGAUGUUUUACAGAAGGAGGAUAUGGAGCAUUGAGAAAUCUGUAAACAAACCCAAACCUCUGCUGGCUCCAAUAUGUAUGUCUGUAUACUCUUAGCUCGUCCCCUUCAUAUAAGAGAGGCAGACCCAAGGAACUGGUCUGGUCUGUCCUGCUUCUUCCUAUAACCCUUGCAUAAAACUUGGUGGCAGAGCAGCUUCUUUGAUUGAAGAAGGUCCCAUGUUCAGACCCUGCCAGCAUCUCCGGGCAGGGCUGGGAGAGACGCCUGCUGGAAACCCUGGAAAGCUGCUGCCAGUCUGUGCAGGCACUAUUGAGCUAGAUGGGCCCAAUGGUCUGAUAUGCUGCAUAAGGCAGUCAAAUUCAGCUUCGUAUGUUCCUAAAUACGCCUCGUUUCAUGUCUUGGACUCCCAGCAAAUGUUUGAGCUUGCUGCUUUCUGGGGCCUGCCCCACACCAGUAUUAAUCCCCUCCCAGCAUCACCAAUGAGAGCAACAGCUUACUGGGAGAGGCAUCCUGCAGGCGCCCAGAAACCCUUUGCUUUGCUACUUUGCUAUAUACACACACACACACACACACACACACACACAGUCAUACCUCGAGUUGUGCUUCGGGUUGAGCGCAUUUGAGUUGCGCUCCACGGCAAUCCGGAAGUAACGGAGCGUGGGUUACUUCCGGGUUUUGCCGCUAGCGCAUGUGCAGACGCUCAAAAUGACGUCGCGCGCAUGCGCGGAAGCGGCAAAACGCGACACGCGCAGACGCGCCAUCACGUCUUGCGUUCCAUUCGGGAUGCGAACGGGGCUCCAGAACGGAUCCUGUUCGCAUCCCGAGGUACCACUGUGUGUGUGUGUGUGUGUGUGUGUGUGUGUGUGUGUGUGUGUAAUAAUAAUAAUGGAAAAAGCUAAAAAAAAACUACAAAAAAUAUCAAAGUACAUGGUAUAAAACAUAAGCUAUUAUGGGAAAGAAAAGAGGGGAAAGGAAAAGGAAAGGAGGAGGGGAAAUAGAAAAGAAAAAAAAGAUGAACAAGAUGAAAAAAGGAGAGAAAAAUGAGCCAAAACACAAGAAGGCUCGUCUAGGCUUCCAUCAAGGUCACAACAGAUCAUUAUUCUUAUCAAUUCUCUCUAUCUGCAUUCCACAGAAUCCCUCAUCUUGGUAUCAGGGAACAUUUCCCUAUUCUACUUCGCAAGUUAAACACGGGAGCUUCCCUUCCCAGGCAGAGCAGCUUCUCAAGACUUGCAAGCAGUGAUAUCUGUUUAAGAAAAAGGACGAUUUGAGGCUUAUGUCUGCCUGAAAUGGGGGUCUGUUGCUUUGACUGUCAUUGCCCAACUAGAACUGCAAUUAUUAAGGGCUUUUUAAGUGCUUUACGCUGCCCUGGUGGUUUGAGAGGGUGCUAUAUAAAUACCAGGGUUCAGACAAGGGUCUUUCUGGGGGUAGGGAAUUGAAUUCAGUUCACAUUUUAAGUUGAAUUUAUUAAAUUCCCAGGUUCCGAAACAAUAUGAGAACUGAAGCCCCACCCUCCUCCAAGUUCACAAUUAUCCAAAUCUACAACACUGUUCUCCAGCCAAGCAAACAUUUACAAAAAUGUUAUUAUGAUAUGUACUUUUGUGUUUUUAUACUGUAUGUCGCCCUGUGGUCCUCGGAUGAAGGGCAGCAGAUAAUAAAAUUAAUAAAUCAACAAUAAGCAGAGGAAAAUGUGCAAAAAAAUCAAUAUGAAAGCAGCAUACAAAAAUCACCAUAUUGGGAGCAAUUGCUGGCAAGAGUGUGGACGUUGGUUAAGACUGCAAUCAGAAAUGUGUCUAUUGAGGAGAAUUCGGCUAUUCCGAGAAUUCGGAAUAAUAUCCAUGAGGUUUUUAAAAAUAAACAAAAAUUGCAAAUUACUGCAGAAAAACAACUCUGGAGAACUGAAUUUAAGGCUGGAAAAAUUGAGAAACAGAGAGAAAUGAAAUUUGCAGAUCCUUCCAGCCUUACAAUUUGCCACCUGUAUUCAAAGCAAAUGUUCCACUACUAAGUCAGCCUUCUCCCAAUCCACCUGUCCUCCAGGUAUUUCUGACUACAACUCCUAUCAUCCAUGACAUCUGCUUGCAAAGUUUUGUCUGCCCUGCAGCCGCAGAGAUCAUUGUACUGCUGCAUACAUAACAGAGUUGAGUUCCGGGACUAGAUCUUUCCGGGAAAGAUAAGUGGAGCCGUCUUUCCCAUAGGGCUUAGUGGUGCGUUGCGCCAGGGCGCCGGCCUCUCAGGGGUGCCCCAGCGAUUUGGGGGAGCUGCGUGGCUUUGCCGGCGGCCUCCCCUUUCCCUGAACACCCGCCAGCUGCGCCCCGUCAACUACUGUGUUUUUCGCUCUAUAAGAUGCACCAGACCACAAGACGCACCUAGUUUUUGGAGGAGGAAAACAAGAAAAAAAAUAUUCCGAAUCUCAGAAGCCAGAACAGCAAGAGGGAUCGCUGCGCAGUGAAAGCAGCAAUCCCUCUUGCUGUUCUGGCUUCUGGGGUAGCUGUGCAGCCUGCAUUCGCUCCAUAAGAUGCACACACAUUUCCCCUUACUUUUUAGGAGGGAAAAAGUGAGUCUUAUAGAGCAAAAAAUACGGUAUAUGUCUGGCGGGCAUGCAGCUUCCUUCCCAAGCCUCCGCGGGGAUUGCUCUCCUGCAGCGGCAUGGGGAAGAGUUGCACACCCCCCCCCCCAUGGUUGGCAGUGUGCAGCUUCGCCCCCCCAACUAGCCGUGGUCAUUUGGGGGCGCUGGGCAGAUAUUUGCACCCCGGCGCCACAUCUGCUAAAGACAGCCCUGAAGAUAAGAAACUGAUCUUUCUCUGUCUCUUUCUUAUUUUUAUCCCUUUGCUUAUUUGCUAUCUUCUUCAUUUUCUUUCUUAUUUCUUGUUCUGUUUCUGUUUUUUGUUAUAUAUUUUAAUAAACCAGUUCCCUGAUGACGGAGACCUGGCUAAAAGUAUACUUUGAAGCAAGGUUUGGGUGUGCUAUGUUACCUUACGGUUUGCUUAGAAAUAACUGCUGCCUGUUCCAAAGUGAAGAACUGCGUAUGACUACAAAGGAAAGAGACAGCAGAAGUACAAUGAACUCAAUCAAUCAAUCAAUCAAUCAAUCAAAAAGAGUGCAGAAUGCAAAAAAUCGCAAAAUGCCCACCAUGCAAACAGGAAAUGUUUUCGGAGUGCCAGUUCACCUUGUGGCAGAGACACAGAAAACCUACCCAUUGUGCGAGCCCCAUCUCUCCCUUUUACCAAAUGUAUAUAUCUCUCGCCCGGGGGAAAGACACUGAGAAGUCAGUAUGGAAAAAAAUGACAACCUGCCAAGGCUCUGGAGAGAUUAUAAUCAACCGGCUGCGAUUCAUUACAUCUCCAUUUUGAAUUUUCAUUUAACCCAUUUAAUCGGAUAAUGGCACAUUCGUGAAUCCAUCAGUUAAGCCAGUCUGGUAUCUCAGGUAUCGGACAUGUGCUUGUUCAGUCUUCCCCGCGGCCUCUGGCCUGUCCACUCUCUGCCAUGAAAAUGAUUUAACGCUUCUCUGUCUAUUGCUGUCCCCCUGGAUUCUGCCCAGCCAGGGAGUGUGUGAGAUUGCUUGCAGAGAAGCCAGGCUGCGUUCAGCGGGGCUUGCUCCCAGGUAGGCACGCAGACGAUGGCAGCCAGGAUCACUUGCCAAGUAGAAAGAAAAGCGCCAGGGCUUUCAGUGAGCUGUCACGUCCUUCACCCACCGGGCGCCCUCCAGAUGUAGACUAUAGUUCCCAUCCACCUCAACCAUCACAGUCCAAAACCAGAGGGUGCCAGCUUGGCGCAGGCCAAACUAAUAGCAUCAGCCUCCUUAUGCUGUCUUAUUGUUGUUUAGUCGUUUAGUCGUGUCCGCCUCUUAAUGACCCCCUGGACCAGAGCACGCCAGGCACUCCUGCCUUCCACUGCCUCCCGCAGUUUGGUCAAACUCAUGCUGGUAGCUUCAAGAACACUGUCCAGCCAUCUCGUCCUCUGUCGUCCCCUUCUCCUUGUGCCCUCCAUCUUUCCCAACAUCAGGGUCUUUUCCAGGGAGUCUUCUCUUCUCAUGAGGUGGCCAAAGUCUUGGAGCCUCAGCUUCAGGAUCUGUCCUUCCAGUGAGCACUCAGGGCUGAUUUCCUUCAGAAUGGAGAGGUUUGAUCUUCUUGCAGUCCAUGGGACUCUCAAGAGUCUCCUCCAGCACCAGAAUUCAAAAGCAUCAAUUCUUCGGCGAUCAGCCUUCUUUAUGGUCCAGCUCUCACUUCCAUACAUCACUACUGGGAAAACCAUAGCUUUAACUAUACGGACCUUUGUUGGCAAGGUAAUGUCUCUGCUUUUUAAGAUGCUGUCUAGGUUUGUCAUUGCUUUUCUCCUAAGAAGCAGGCGUCUUUUAAUUUCAUGGCUGCUGUCACCAUCAGCAAUGAUCAUGGAGCCCAAGAAAGUAAAAUCUCUCACUGCCUUAUGCUGUCUAUCAACCCUCUAAUUAAAUAUCUUUGGGUUGAAGUCAGCAAUAAAGAUGAGAGAGCCUCCAGCACCUAGAAUAGAAUAGAAUAGAAUAGAAUAGAAUAGAAUAGAAUAGAAUGCUCUUAUGCAUUGCUCUUAGUUUGCAGCCUUUGGUCAUGCUGUCGUGUGACCAAGAGACCCUGCCUAUUAGUCUUAACUACGGCUUGCUUGAUAGCAGCCAGUUUCAUUCAUAAGCUAUAGUUUGCAGUUGACUUUUCUCAAGUAACUGCAGUCUGUUGGGUUUGGACGAAUGCCAAAGUGAGGUUAAUUAAAAAAUUCAAGUGGCAGUUUUCAAACUUCCCCAGGGAAGCUUGAGCUUCUUUGUAGCUGCUCGAUUUUGGUGAUAUUUAUUUUCAGCGUGGUGCGUUUCUCUAAAAAGGUAUGGCUAUCUUCUUUCCAUUAUGAGGAAUUCUUGCAGGCACAACUGACAAAUGGAUAGCGGAAAGUCGCUUUUACUUAUCUAUCUCUGUCUCUUUACUUUCUUACCCAUAUCUCUUUGCUUAUUUGCUAUCUCCUUCGUUUUCUUUCUUUCUUAUUUCUUGUUCUGUUUCUGCUUUUUUGUUGUAUGUUGAAAAGUUGUAAUAAAACUAUAUUUGAAGAAGAAGCUAAUUUGGCCUGAUUGGAUAGAUUUUAACACUUGCUGGAUCUAGGGAUUAAUUAGAGUUUGGCACCCACAAACUCAUAACUAUAUACACACAUCACUCUCCCGAAGGCAGAAAUAAAGAAGAAGAGAAAGCACAAAGUCCUUUUCCACCAUCACGGGCCAACUCAUCAAUUUUUAGCUUGUGUGAUAAGGUAAAGGUAAAGGGACCCCUGACCAUUAGGUCCAGUCGUGGCCGACUCUGGGGUUGCGGUGCUCAUCUCGCUUUAUUGGCCGAGGGAGCCGGCGUGCAGCUUCCGGGUCAUGUGGCCAGCAUGACUAAGCCGCUUCUGGCAAACCAGAGCAGCGCACGGAAACGGCGUUUACCUUCCCUCCGGAGCGGUACCUAUUUAUCUGCUUACACUUUGACAUGCUUUUGAACUGCUAGGUUGGCAGGAGCAGGAACCAAGGAAGAGGAGCUCACCCUGUCGUCGGGAUUCGAACCGCCGACCUUCUGAUCAGCAAGCCCUAGGCUCUGUGGUUUACACCACAGCCCCACCUGCGUCCCACCUUGUGUGAUACCUUGGUUUUAUUUCUAAAGUUGAGCCUCUGGUACCUCCUUUCUUAAGCCUUUUGAGGGGGGCUACAGUGGUGCCUCGCAAGACGAAAUUAGUUUUUUCGUCUUGCGAAGCAACCCUAUUAGCGGCUUCGCGGAUUAGCGCUAUCAGCGGUUUAGCGGCUAUUAAAGGUUUAGCGGCUUAGCGGCUUAGAAAAAGGGGGGGGGGAGCGAAAAAAAAUCUCAAGACUCGCAAGACAUUUUCGUCUUGCGAAGCAAGCCCAUAGGGAAAUUCGUCCUGCGAAGCGCAUCAAAAAACGGAAAACCCUUUCGUCUAGCGGGUUUUCUGUCUUGCGAGGCAUUCGUCUUGCGGGGCACCACUGUAUUCAGUUUGCUUCCCCCUCCCUCCCCGUCAACUGCAUCUAAGGCCAGCUGUGAUCUUUCUUAAGCUAUCGUCACAGCUGCUCUUCGGCUGCAUUCGUAGAAUCGUGGAAUUGGACGGGACCCGAGGGUCAUCCAGCCCAACCCCCAGCAAUGCAGGAAUCGCAACUGAAGAAUCCAACCUCUGCUUAAAAAUCUCCAAGGAAGGAGCGCUCGCCACCUUCCAAGCAGCUUUCGUUUGCUUCAACACAACGAGCAGUCCGCGCAGCUCGAAAGCUUACAUGCUUCUCCACCAUUUUAUUUUAUUUUUCCCCAAAAAAUUUUAUUCAUUUUAUAACACAACUAAACAAUACAAACAGAAAAACAAACAAUACAAACAAAUUCUUGUCUUAUCCUUAUUUUUUCUAAACAUUGUUAGGUGAGCUUCCCCAAGUCCCCCCAUCUGAUUUUCAUUUUACCUCAUCUUUAGCAGUUUACAUAUAUCAUAAUUUUUAACCAUUUUUUUAAAUGAUGCUUACUUUUACUAUAAAAAUCUUCAUAUUUUAUCACUUACAAAGAAUACCAUUUUAAAAUAGACCAUCUUCUACUUCUAACCCUACAGCCUAUAUCCACUUCCAAAGCUAUUCUAAGAUUUAAAUGUUAACAUAUUUUUUCAAAUAUUCUUUAAACUUCUUCCAAUCUUCUUCCACCGUCUCUUCUCUCUGGUCUCGGAGUCUCCCAGUCAGUUCGGCAAGUUCCAUAUAGUCCAUCAUCUUCAUCUGCCAUUCUUCGGUUGUUGGUAAAUCAUGUUUCUUCCAACUCUUCGCUAGUAAUAUUCUCGCAGCUGUUGUGGCAUACAGGAAAAAAAGUUCUUUUUGGGGAUUUUACCCCCCCCAUCUCCACCAUUUUAAUAGAGAGAGAAAAAUAUCUCUGAUAUCAGGGGUUGCCCACCUAUUUCGGUAUAGCGAUUAAAUCAAAUGCCAACAAAUGGAAAUGCAAUUGGUGAUAAAAGCCUGUCUGUGCUGGUCCCGGGGGGUUACUCUGCGGCGUGGUCCGAGUCCAGUCCAAGGUCGAUGGUACGGUAUGGAGGCUGUCCGUCAAAGCUGAAGCUGGGUCCAAGGCGGGGAGUCGGGUGAGGUCAGGAACUCUGGCAGAAGAGCAGGACAGGGUGCCGGCAGGAACAGGCUCCUGCAACCUGGGACUGGGCUGGCCGGCUUUUAUCUGCCCCGAGGCAUAGGGCAGCCCCGAUCCUCUGGUGACUCGCCUCUCCUGGCCUGGAGGCGAGCACUCCUCCUGCGGGAACUUAGUUCCCUCCGCCUCUCUGUCCUGAGCCUCUGCAGCUCAGGAGAGGCUGGAGGGUUACCGGACCAGAGGCAACCUCAGCUUCCUCUGACGGGGCUGAGAGUGGAGCACCUGCAGGCAAUGGGUCCUCCAUCACCUCCGGAGCCAGAGCAGACUCAGCUGGUGCCUGCACCUGAGGAUCCAGCACAGGUGAGGACCCUUCAGGUUCAAGCCCCAGCCCCUGCUCAGCCGGCCUUGAAGGCGGGGACUCCUGUGCAGGCUGGGAUUCCUCAGGUUCAGCCUCUGAAUCCGAUUCCCAGGCCAUCACACUGUCCUCAAGCACACACACACACACACACACACACACACACACACACAAACAACCAGCCAGUUUUUCUGUUUCUCUGCUGCUCCUUAUCGUUCCCUUCUUGAACCUGCUGCCCUGCAGGUAUUUUGGACUAGUUUCAUGACAGAGUCCCUUCCCUGCAUGCAACAGCUGCCCAUGUUCCUAGAGGGUGGGGCACAAGAUCUCCAUGCAGAAUCAUAGAAUCGUAGAGUUGGGAGGGUUCCCAGGGGUCAUCUAGUCCAAUCCUCUGCAAUGCAAAGCCCCGGGUUCAAUUCCUUAUGCCUCCGAGUCAUCAUGGGCUGUGCUCAGCUAGAUAAACCAUUAGUCUGAGUCGGUAUAACAUAAAGCAGCUCUCUGAGGACUAAGAGUAGAAAUGGAUGGGUGCAAUAGGAGUAGUGAGCCUGAGUAUGCUCACUGUGUUGUUUAGAUGUGACUCUUCUUCCCUCGCAGGAAGAAGAAGAAAAGAAGUUCUGUGCAUCUGUGGCCAAAGUCAGCUGUGUAUAGCUCCGACUGGCAGGAACCCAAUAACGUCACUAACCCACCUCCCAGUGUUUCUGAAAACUGAUUCUGCUUUUGGAAAAAGAAAGGAGAGGAACAAAUGUAAAUUUAAUUCAGUAAUGUGUGUGCGGCAUUUUACUAAUAAAAAGGGCAGACAGUCUGCCUGGAGCAUGGAGGGGCGGAGGCCAGGAGCAGGGCUGAUGACUGAAUCAUCCUAUCUGUCAAACGCGGUGGGAAGGCUGGGGCUUUAUCCUGCUCUGUGCUCUUCUCAUGUCAGCCCCUGCACACAUUCUGGGUUAGCCCUGCAGGGGCAAAAUCAUUCAGUGGAGGACAAGAAGGAUGGGGGCUGGAGCUUGUUCUACAGCAGAGCUGAAUAAUAUUUAUGGUCUCCAACCAGCUUGUAUAACCUAGACAGCAUCUUAAAAAGCAGAGACAUCACCUUGCUGACAAAGGUCUAUAUAGUUAAAGAUAUGGUUUUCCCAGUAGUGAUGUAUGGAAGUGAGAGCUGGACCAUAAAGAAGGCUGAUCGCCGAAGAAUUGAUGCUUUUGAAUUAUGGUGCUGGAGGAGACUCUUGAGAGUCCCAUGGACUGCAAGAAGAUCAAAGCUCUCCAUUCUGAAGGAAAUCAGCCCUGAGUGCUCACUGGAAGGACAGAUCCUGAAGCUUGAGGCUCCAAGACUUUGGCCACCUCAGGAGAAGAGAAGACUCCCUGGAGAAGACCCUGAUGUUGGGAAAGAUGGAGGGCACAAGGAGAAGGGGACGGCAGAGGACGAGAUGGUUGGACAGUGUUCGUGAAGCUACCAGCAUGAGUUUGACCAAACUGCAGGAGGCAGUGGAGGACAGAAGUGCCUGGCGUGCUCUGGUCCAUGGGGUCACGAAGAGUCGGACACGACUAAACGACUAAACAACAACAACCAUCUUGCAUAAUGCAAAUUAAUUAAUGUACAUGCACGGUUGAUUAGUAAGGGGAUGGGGAAUCUCCGUCCUUUAUCACCCGGCAUUAUUCCAUACAACUGAGUUACAAUUGCAGGGCUGCGUCCUGUACAAGCUGCAACUGAGAAAGUUUGCCGCUCGCUGCGUGUUUAUCCCAUGGCUCUGGGACUCGGGCCGUUUGCAGAGAAGGAGCUUUGUCCAGCACCGUGAUGGAUUACAGGGUCCUUUGGACUGGCUGACGGCUGCUUUUGCAGGCAUGCGUUGCCUAGUUGUCUUCCCUUUGGGUUCUGAGGGACUUAUCAGUGGCGUCGCUCAUGUUCAGACAAACUACUUGCGCAUUCAUCUCUUUGUGAGCGCCGACUGUAUUGUUUGCUGUAAUUAUGCUUCCAACUCUGUUCGGCUGAAGCAUUUGCAAAUUUUAUUCCAGUUAAGCCCCAUAGGAUCCCCACAGGCAGAGGCUUCACCAGCAGUUUGCCAACUUAGACAGCUGCAGAAGAGGAUUAGAUGAAUCCGUGGAGGAGUAGGCUCUCAAUGGCUGCUAGGCUAUGGAUUUCACCAUGAGAGGUAGUGGGAAUCACAGGUGGAGAAUGUGCCGUCGCACUUAGGGUCCUGCUUGUGGGAAUACCAAAGGCAUCUGGUCGGCCACCGUGAGAACAGGUAAAGAAUCAUAGAGUUGGAAGGGACACCUAGGGUCAUCUAGUCCAACCCCGUGCAAUGCAGAAAUCUCAGCUGAAGCACCCAUGGCAAAUUACCGUCCAACCGCUGCUUAAAAACCUCAAUGGAAGGAAAAUCCACCUCUUCCGAGAGAGACUGUAAAACAGCUUUCGCCAUCAGAAACUUUUUCCGUACGUUUAGUUGGUGAAGUGUAGGUGGGUUCCCACGGGGCAAGCAAUAACAGCAAGAACCUUUAUUGGACUACAUAACUGGGAAAUAGGGGCAAAGCAACUGCUUAUAUACAUUCCUGGAAGCCUGGGCCACUCCCACUCCCAACGUGAUUGGCUGUCUAAACUUCCAAGCUGCGAAUCACGACUCAAGAGUCCAAGGGCCAAUGGCAGAGGCCCAAAUCCUGAAAUGUUCUGUGAUUGGACAUCAUGUAUCGAAUCAGAACACAGGAGCUCAGAAUCCUUAGUCCAGACUCCAGCUCAGGCAAACACAGACCACUGAAUACAUAACAGUUGGGAUCUCCUUUCUUCUAACUUGAAGCCAUGGGUUCGAGUCCUACCCUCCAGAGCAGGGGAAAACAAGCAUGCUCCAUCUUCCCUGUGACAGCCCUUGAGAUAUUUGAAGGGGGCUGUCUUAUUUCCUAUCAGUCUCCUCUUUUGCAGGUUCAGCAUAGCCACCUGACUCAAAUGUUCCUCAUAAGGAGGCAGGAUCAGAAUGGUCUGUGGCCUGAUCCUGCAGCCAGGCUCUUCUUAACUCCUCUUCUGUCUUUUUUUCCAGCUCGGGGCCAUGUAUUCCUCUGUCAACUGCUCCCACUUGGAACUAAAACUGUCCAUCCUGGAGCUGCUGGAGCAGGCAGCCUACAAGGACCUGUGCAACGAUAGCAGUCGAGACGACCCUUACUUUGACCCCGAAGACCUGAACAUGACCAUAGAGGAGCUCCGCCUGAAGUACUUGGGGCCUCGCCGGUCGGGGUUCUUCGUCCCCAUCUGCACCACGUACCUCCUGAUUUUCGUGGUGGGUGCCGUGGGCAACGCCCUGACCUGCCUGGUCAUCAUCCAGCACCGAUUCAUGAGGACGCCCACCAACUAUUACCUCUUCAGCCUGGCCGUCUCGGACCUGCUGGUCCUCCUCCUGGGCAUGCCGCUGGAGAUCUACGAGAUGUGGAGCAACUACCCGUUCCUUCUGGGCGCAGGCGGCUGCUGCUUUAAGACCCUGCUGUUUGAGGCCGUCUGCUUCGCCUCCAUCCUCAACGUGACGGCCCUCAGCGUGGAGCGCUACAUCGCCGUGGUGCACCCUCUCAAGGCCAAGUACGUGGUGACCAAGAACCACGCCAAGAGGGUCAUCAUUACCGUCUGGGUCCUGUCCAUCAUCUGCUCCAUCCCCAACACCAGCCUCCACGGCAUCCAGACCCUCCACGUCCCCGCCCGGGGAGUGGUCCCCGACUCGGCCACCUGCACCCUGGUCAAGUCCCGCUUGAUGUACAACCUCAUCAUCCAGGUGACCACCAUCAUCUUCUUCUUCGUGCCCAUGGGCGUCAUCAGCGUCUUGUACCUGCUCAUCGGCCUGCAGCUCAGGAAGGAGAAGAUGCUAGAGGCUCUGGAGGCCAAGUCAGCCAGCAACUGCGACUACCACAACAUCCGCCUCCAGCAGAAGAAAGUCCGCAGGAGGCAGGUGACCAACAUGCUGUGUGAGUUGAGGGGAGCCCAGGAGCUGCGUGGGAUUGUGGGGGAAAUAUUGGGGGGGGGGUGUUACUUGCUUUCUUCUUAUUCCCAGAACUAGGGCUACAGUCUUUGCCGUUGUGUUCCCAUUCAUUACUUUCACCAGUGAAUGUGGUGUCAGAAAAGGCAUAUACAGUGGUACCUCGGGUUACGUACGCUUCAGGUUACAUACGCUUCAGGUUACAGACUCCGCUAACCCAGAAAUAGUGCUUCAGGUUAAGAACUUUGCUUCAGGAUGAGAACAGAAAUUGCAUGGCGGCAGCGGGAGGCCCCAUUAGCUAAAGUGGUGCUUCAGGCUAAGAACAGUUUCAGGUUAAGAACGGACCUCCGGAACGAAUUAAGUACUUAACCCAAGGUACCACUGUAUUAUUUUAUUGUUGUUAGCUGCCCUGAGCCCGGCUUCGGUUGGGGAGGGCGGGAUAUAAAUUAAAAUUUAUUUUUAUUUUUAUUUUUAUUAUUAUUAUUAUUAGCUGUCAUACUGCCAGGAGUUGGUGAUGUACCUUCUCUGUACAGCAGUAGCAUGGUUCUCAAAUAAUAAUAAUAAUAAUAAAUUUUAUUUGUACCCCACCCUCCCCAGUCGCUCAGGGCGGCUAACAACCAAUAAUAAAAACAAGUUGAUUGAAAUACAACUUAAAAAACAAGAUUAAAAUACAACAUUAAAAUAAUUUAAACAUUAAAAUGCAGCCUUAAUCCAUUCCAGAAUUCCAUUCCAAAACCAAGGCGCGCUUUCCCUUAGAAAGUAAUGCAAAACAGAUUCAUCCAUUCCAGACUUUAAAAAACAACCCCUAAAACAGCAAUUUAACAUGGAUUUUACUAUCUAACGAGACCAUUGAGCCAUAAAAUGAAAGCAAUAAUCGAUGUCCUGCACUAUAAAAUAAAUAAGAUAGUAUUGUAGAUGAUAAAAAAUUAAAAUUAAUUUUUUUCCCUUACCUGCACUGAUGAUAGUCAUGGUUUGGAUGGGGUUUUUUAUCCAUUUCCGCAGUCACACAAUCAAUCAGUAGCCAAACUGGGUUCCACACAGUCAGGAAAACAAAUUAACCGAAAAAGCCUCAAAAACAAAUAGCAAAACCAACGGCAAAAACAAAAGCGCCAAACGUAAUCUGUUCCGGAGGUCCGUUUGACUUCUGAAAUGUUCGAAAACCAAGACGCAGCUUUUGAUUGGUGCAAGCGCCCUGGAAACAGCAGCUACAGCCGCAUUGGUCGUUCGGCUUCCGAAAAAUGUUCAAAAACUGGAACACUUAUUUCCGGGUUUUCAGCGUUUGAGAAGCAAGGCGUUUUGAGUACCAAGGCGUUUGAGAACCGGCACAAUAUUAUGAUGGAAGACUGGGAGAAGUUGUGGAAAAAAGGAAUUAAAUUUACAGCAUGUAGUGUAUUAAGAGAAAAUUUGAUGAAAAUGAUGCAUAGAUGGUACUUAACACCAGUGAAGCUAGCAAAAAUGUAUCAUACUCAUGAUAAUAAAUGCCGGAAAUGUAAGGGGAGAAAAGGAACCUUUUACCACAUGUGGUGGACGUGCCGCAAGGUAAAAGACUUCUGGGAAAGGAUUUAUAACGAACUGCAAAAAAGUGUUGAAAAACACAUUUAUUAAGGCGUUUGAGAACCAAGGUACCACUAUAUUUCAGCUAAAACACACCAUUUGUAAAUGUGUGCGCACACACAAACACAUGCAUGCGUGGUGCUGGAACUCAGCAUGAAUGCCACCCUUGUUCUCUUAAAGCAACAAUGGCACCUACCUGAGAAGGUUUGCACAGUGGCAGAGUUUCAUGCUCUGGCAUGGGGGGGGCGCAGAACAGGUGAGGGCGGGGCUGGAGCGCAUCCCGGGGGCAUGGCGCGCCACCCACAGGGGUGUGGCACACACCCUGGGUGUGCGCCACACGGCCUGAGGGGGCAUGGCGUCCAGUGGGGGGGGCAGCCGCAAUGCCACCCCACUGGGAUCGCACUGCCGGGGACGGUGCGCUCCCCCCGCACUCCUCUUCCUCCGCCUGUGAGGUCGGAACGGAGUUCUGGCUGAAAAAAAGCCCUGGGUCCAUAGUUUAAAUUAAACAUUAAUUUCAUUUUUUAUUUUUUUUUAAAUGAUAUUUCUUAAGAUUUCAAAAGAAAAAGAUUACAUUAAUAAAAAAAUUAACAAUAAAAAGGAAAAAUACAAAAUACAAAAUACAAAAAAGAAAAAACAGUUAAAAACAAUUCCAUCUUUUCAUCACUUCUCUUACAUUUACUUGUUUCCCGGACCUCCUCAUACCUCCCUCUUUUGUAUUCCAAUUCAAUUUGUUAGUCCAGCAAUUCCUUUCCCUCCUUUUUAAUCCUGAUCUUUAAUCUUGAUAUAUUAUAACAUUAAAUCUUUAUGUAUUAAAAACCAAUUUUUCCAUAUUCUUUUAUACCAUUACAGCUAGAAACCGCUUAACUUCAAUCCGUCAUCAUUCUAACAUUCAUUAAUUUUACAAUAUUUCUGUAAGUAAUCUUUAAAUUUCUUCCAAUCUUCUUCCACCGACUCUUCUCCCUGGUCUCGGAUUCUGCCAGUCAUUUCCGCCAAUUCCAUGUAGUCCAUCAUUUUCAUCUGCCAUUCCUCCAGUGUGGGUAGAUCUUGUGUCUUCAAAAUUAAACAUUAAUUUCAGCAUAGGCGAAACAGUGGGAUUUGUGGGGAGGACGACAUGGCAGGGGACUUUCUGUAGGAAAGCUGGCAGGAAACCAAGUCCUGGAUUUAAGACAGAAGAAUUCUCUGCCUCUCUCUGAUUUUGUCAUUAAAUUCCCCCCUGUCACAGCGGAGGCUAACACCCCUUGGAGCAACGCAAUUCCAGCCCAAUCCAAAUGAAUAAACAGAUUCUAGUUUAAAAUUAUAUACGCCAGAAUAUUCCCCGGUGUGAGGGAAGGUUGUUCCAUGUCCUCCUUCGCUAAAUACACAGUAAAGGUAUACCAAUCUGCUGUAAAUGUGCCCUUUCGCUUCAAACCCCUCACAAGCUUUAAUUUGUUAGGUUUCCUGCCACCGCUAACUGCCAUGCUCUCUUACGCCACGUUCCUUCCAGAACUUUCCAGUACUUUGCUACUACCACCAAGAGGCCUCGGGUUCCUAACUGCCAUUUCCUCGAUGGCUUUAAAAAAAAGGAUUAAGACAAAUUCCCGCCAUGAUGGAGAUGCUCCGCAGGGAAAGAGCGGUCUAAUAAAUAAUAAUAAUAAUAAUAAUAAUAAUAAUAAUUUAUACCCCGCCCAUCUGGCUGGGUUUCCCCAACAGAACACUAAAAUACAAUAACCUAUUAAACAUUAAAAGAUUCCCUAAACAGGGCUCCCUUCAGAUGUCUUCUAAAAGUCUGCUAGUUGUUGUUCUCUUUGACAUCUGGUGGGAGGGUGUUCCACAGGGAGGGUGCCACUACCGAGAAGGCCCUCUGUCUGGUUCCUUGUAACUUGGCUUCUCGCAGCGAGGGAACCGCCAGAAGGCCCUCAGCACUGGACCUCAGUGUCCGGGCUGAACGAUGGGGAUGGAGACGCUCCUUCAGGUAUACAGUACCGAGGCCGUUUAGGGCUUUAAAGGUCAGCACCAACACUUUGAAUUGUGCUCGGAAACGGACUGGGAGCCAAUGUAGGUCUUUCAGGACUGGUGUUAUAUGGUCUCGGUGGCCGCUCCCAGUCACCAGUCUAGCUGCGGCAUUCUGGAUUAGUUGCAGUUUCCAGGUCACCUUCAAAGGUAGCCCCACAUAGAACGCAUUGCAGUAGUCCAAGCAGGAGACUAGAGCAUGCACCACUCUUGCAAGACAGACAGCGGGCAGGGAGGGUCUCAUCCUGCGUACCAGAUGGAGCUGGUAAACAGCUGCCUUGGACACAGAAUUGACCUGCGCCUCUAUGGACAGCUGUGAGUCCAAAAUGACUCCCAGGCUGCACACCUGGUCCUUCAGGGGCACAGUUACCCCAUUCAGGACCAGGGAGUCCCCCACACCUGCCCACCCCCUGUCCCCCAAAAACAGUACUUCUGUCUUGUCAGGAUUCAACCUCAAUCUGUCAGCCGCCAUCCAUCCUCCAACCACCUCCAGACACUCACACAGGACCUUCACCACCUUCACUGGUUCUGAUUUGAAAGAGAGGUAGAGCUGGGUAUCAUCCACAUACUGAUGAACACCCAGCCCAAACCCCCUGAUGAUCUCUCCCAGAGGCUGCAUGUAGAUGUUGAAAAGCAUGGGGGAUAGGUCUUGUGUUCGAAUCCCGCUUGCGGGUUUCCCAUAGGAGACACCAGGUUGGCCACUGCGAGGGCAGGUGUUCUCCUCUCUCACUUUCUUCUCUCUGCCCCUCAGUCGCGCUGGUGGUCGUCUUUGGGAUCUGCUGGGCUCCCUUCCACACCGACCGCCUGGUCUGGAGCUUCGUGACCCACUGGACCGACCAGAUGCUGGGGAUGUUCCAGUACGUGCACAUCAUCUCGGGCGUCUUCUUCUACCUGAGCUCGGCUGCCAACCCCAUCCUCUACAACCUGAUGUCCACCCGCUUCCGGGAGAUGUUCAAGGACGUGAUGUGCCGCCGGCGCUUCCAGAAGCUAGGCUCGCGCAAGCACUCGCCCAGCAGCACUCGCGUCACCAUGCGCAGCACCGUCUCAGAGCACGUCGGAGGAGGCGACGGGCAGCCGCUGUCCGACCUGGAGGACUAUGAGGCCGACCCGGAGAGGGACGAGGCGGAGGAGUGCGAGGGCCCUUUCCUCUGA